UAUUUGUUGUUUUAUCGAAAACUGAAAACAAGUAAUUUUGAACAAGUGUUAGAGGUGUUGAUAAUACAUAAUUUUUGCAGAAUCUUUCAAUAUUCAUUCGUGCAUAUGUAAUAUCAAUGUAAUUAAUGUGAAUCGCGUAUUCGGGAGUGCCACAAAUCGCCAUAUUCCGCCGUAAAAAUGCUUAGUUUAAGCAACACGGACACCAACAAUUGUGUUAUCUACUUGGAAAACUAUUUAGAUUGUGUGGAAAACCUGCCGGAUGAUUUACAAAGGCAUUUAACUCGAAUGAGAGAAUUAGAUGUGUCUUUCCAAACUUUCAUGAGAGAUAUCGAGUCAUUAGCUACUCAGUACAACGAAGCUAUCAACGAUGGCAAAAUGGAGGAUACGUGUCGUUUGUUACGGAAAGCUCAGUCUAUUCUGAUAUCAGCGCAAGAGUUAGGAGACGAGAAACUACAAAUAGUGCAACAGUUACAAGAUUUGAUUGAAAGUCGGACGAGAUCUUUGGAUAACGACUAUAAGAAUAUAGAUAACGGAUCGAGAGAACGUGAAACAGUGGCUUCGGCGAGUACCCCAUCGGUAAGCUCGACGUCUGCAGCAGUCAGUAAUACGGUAACCGAGGUAGCGUACAAAGAGCCAGUGGCCGUUACGUCCGUAUCUUCUAGCAAUGGUAAUGGCGAGCAGAGACAGAGUAAACGUGUUCGACGUGGCAGGACUGAGAAUGAGCCUAGUUCAAGUAAUCCCGAUAGUUCAUCUAAUCAGCAAAAUCAACAUCAUCAUCACCAUCAUCAUCAUUACGAGCACGGUGGCAGUAUCCCUAUGCCUCGAGCUACCGCUACUUUGCUAGUAAACCAGAAGAAACACGCGGCUAAUAAUUCGAUCGCUAAUAAUAAAAAGAAGAAGAGGAAGACUAAGCAGAAUGUUGGUCGGAUAUCGCAGAAGGAAGACGAUUCCAGGAAUAACAAGAGUAAUAUCGACGACGACGACGAUGAACUUUCGAUCGACCCUGACGAACCGACGUAUUGUUUAUGUGAUCAAAUAUCCUACGGUGAAAUGAUUUGCUGCGAUAAUGACCUCUGCCCUAUCGAAUGGUUCCAUUUUUCGUGUGUUUCUUUAUCAAACAAACCCAAGGGUAAAUGGUUCUGUCCGAAGUGUAGAGGAGACCGACCAAAUGUGAUGAAACCAAAAGCCCAGUUUCUCAAAGAGUUAGAACGCUAUAAUCGCGAAAAAGAAGAAAAGGCGCGUUCGUAUUAAAACUCGCCAAGUAUAUACCAAGAUGACCGCAUGUGUUGGAUAUGACCAAUUUCCUUUUUUUCGUCUUCAAAUCAUCAGACCUCUUCGUGGAUGUGGAGUCAUUCGUUAUCAACUCUGAUACCCGUAGCUCAAUCGUGUAAAAAUAAUGUACUCGUUUAAAUACAUUCAAAAAUUUUA